AUGCGCUCUUACGCAUCUCUCGCCGCGCUUCUCAGAGCAUUGAACAAGCACCACUGCCAGGUGCUGCUCUGGACUGCUGUUGUGUUGGUGAUGCUGCUUAAUUUUGUUUCAUUGGCAAUAGACACAAAUGUGUGGCAGGUUGCCUCCAUCCCUGUGCACUGCAGGGACUCUGCACCCUCUCCAACGCGGGAGCCAAGGGUUGCUCUUAUUGUUGUUCAGACGGACUACUCUCCCGGCUGGUGCAGGAUGCAGGUGAGCUCCAUUCUUUCCCGCGCGUCUGUAACAACGAUUGGCAUGGGGGCAAAUUACACACACACAUCCCGCCCGUCGUUGCUGCUGGACUGCAUAACUGACGAGGGCCUGCGCGAUGAGGACGUGGUGGUGGUGUUCGAUGGUGGCGACCACGAUGUUCACCCGGA